GGUCCCGGGCCGGCCAGCAGCCCGAUGGCAGCGGCGGCGGCGGCCGCGGCAGCUAAGCCGCCAGAGCUGAUGGGCAUCUGCUCCAGCUACCAGGCGGUCAUGCCUCACUUCGUGUGCCUGGCCGAUGAAUUCCCGCAGCCCGCGCGGCCCACUAAGCUGCCCCGGGGCAAGGGCAAGCUGCGGCGGCCCCGCCAGUCGCGCUUCAAGACCCAGCCGGUGACGUUCGACGAGAUCCAGGAGGUGGAGGAAGAGGGGGUGUCCCCCAUGGAGGAGGAGAAGGCCAAGAAGUCCUUCCUGCAGUCGCUCGAGUGCCUGCGACGGAGCACCCAGAACCUCAGCCUGCCGCGGGAGCAGCUCGGCAGCUCCAAGAUGCGGAACAGCCUGGACUCUAGCGACUCGGAUUCGGCUCUAUGAGACGGCCCCUCCCCCUAUUCUCGCUCCCCAGUGGCGGGCCGGCCGGCUGGCCGAGGACUUGACUUGGUCCCAACCCUGCG